UCCCUCUUUUCCUGUAUUUCUGCCAGAGAAAAGAAAGAAAUCACACCUCCCAUCCAUCUCAGGGCGGCGGCGUGCGCGAGUUCGUCUCCUGCGGCUCUCCCCAUGGCGGAGUACGACGAGCAGGGCAUGGCCAUCGCGGCCGCCGAGAUACUUCUCAGCCUCCGGAGCAGGACGCUGGCGCGGUGGCCGGACUGGGUUCCGCGCCCGUCCAGCGACCUCGCCCCGGCGGCGGCGGAUCUCCAGCGGCUGGAGGAGGCGGAGGACGAGCUGCCGCCGAUUCCGGAGGGGUGGCCGAAGCGGCCGCGGUUGCCGCCCCGUGCGGUGGCGAAAGGAACCGCGUGGCUGCUGUCGUGGGAGAGUCCCUUUGCGCGGCUGGGGCAGCCUGUUGUCGCCAGAUCCGGCGCGUGCUCCAGCGGGGAGGAGAGGGCGCGGUCGCACCCGCGCGUCACGAAGGUGAAGCGCGAACCUUUGGCGGCGCGGAGGCCGGAGACGCCGCCGUACUACGUCUCGGCCGCCGGAUCCGGCCCUUCCACGAGCGGCAUGGACCGGGCGCGGUCGCGGCGGCGGCCGCGCGUGAGCGAGAAGGCGCAGGCGGCGGCGGCCGCGUGGACGGACGGCCCCAUGGCGGCAUCGAGCCCGGAGACGCCCUUCGACUACGCCAACGCCGCUGGAUCAGGGGCGUCCUCGAGCGGGGACGAGGUGGCGCGGUCGACGGCCAAGCGCAAGGCGCAGGGGUCGGGCGGAUCCGGAGUGCCUUCCAGCGGCGACGAGGGGUGCAGCUCGCCGGCGAAGCGCGCGCGGGCGGACGUCUCCAUCGCCGUCGCCGGCGCCGGCGCCGUGCAACCCGCGGUUAAACUUGAGGAUCAAAAGACCGAGAACAAUUACCGGGACGAGAAGGGCCACUUGCUGUUUGACCUCAACGAAGAUCCAAGCAUGGCGGAGGAGUGGUGAGAGGCGAGGAUUUUGCUAGCUAGUUGGUGUGUGCUCGGGGCAAAUCAACCCAGCUGCUCAUGUGUACAUAAAGGGCAAACCCAGUAGAAGAAGAGCCGGUGAGGGCGGGUUAAGCUGAGAACGGAGGGGGCUUAGAGGGUAUACUCAUCAUUAGAUUUAUAUCAGGGUUAACUUAGUCUGCUCUGCUCUGUUGGACGUACUGCAUGCGACGGUGCGCUUCUGGCUCGCUUGCCCAAUGCCGUGUACUGCAGUCCCUGUUAUUUUCAUCUUUGUUUAUCCUGUUUGUUAUCCGAAUCAACUGAUACCGUGCAUGAAUUGAAACAAUAAUAUAUACUCCAUUAGAUA